UUACUCUCCCGUCUAACGUUCUCUCUCUGAAACCAUCGCGUUCUCUAUCUAACAUGGAUACUUCUGCAACCCAUCUUCUGAAAGAUGAGCUCGAUAUAGUGAUACCCACUAUUAGGAAUCUUGAUUUCUUGGAAAUGUGGAGACCAUUUUUCGAGCCUUACCAUUUGAUCAUAGUACAAGAUGGUGAUCCAUCCAAGACAAUCAAGGUCCCUGAUGGGUUUGAUUAUGAGUUGUAUAAUCGAAAUGACAUCAAUAAGAUUUUGGGUCCUAAGGCCUCCUGCAUUUCCUUCAAGGAUUCAGCCUGCAGAUGCUUUGGGUAUAUGGUCUCCAAGAAGAAGUAUAUCUUCACCAUUGAUGAUGAUUGCUUUGUUGCGAAAGACCCUUCUGGCAAAGAAAUCAAUGCCCUUUCACAGCAUAUCAAGAAUCUCCUCUGCCCGUCAACACCAAAUUUCUUCAAUACGUUAUACGAUCCUUUCCGUGAGGGUGCAGAUUUUGUUCGUGGAUAUCCUUUCAGCCUUCGCGAGGGUGUGCCAACGGCUGUUUCUCAUGGCCUUUGGAUGAACAUUCCGGAUUAUGAUGCACCUACACAACUUGUGAAACCUCUUGAGAGGAAUAAAAGGUAUGUUGAUGCAGUUUUGACAAUACCAAAGGGAACCCUCUUUCCCAUGUGUGGAAUGAAUUUGGCAUUCGACCGUGAUCUUAUUGGUCCUGCAAUGUACUUUGGACUCAUGGGAGAUGGCCAACCGAUUGGCCGAUAUGACGAUAUGUGGGCUGGCUGGUGCGUCAAGGUGAUAUGUGAUCAUCUAGGUUUAGGUGUCAAAACCGGGCUGCCGUACAUAUGGCACAGCAAAGCCAGCAACCCUUUUGUGAACCUAAAAAAGGAAUACCAUGGCAUCUUCUGGCAAGAAGAAAUCAUUCCAUUCUUCCAAGCAGUAACUCUUUCAAAGGACAGCACAACUGUUCAGAAAUGCUAUGUUGAACUGUCCAAACAAGUCAAAGAAAAACUUGGCCAAAUAGACCCUUAUUUUGUGAAGCUUGCAGAUGCAAUGAUCACAUGGAUUGAAGCAUGGGACGAACUCAACCCAGCUACGGAUUCUGGCAAGAAAUAGAUCAGAAUUGGCUUCAAGUUUCUGAUAAUAUAUAGUCUUUAAGUUAUAACGUAUAAGUAAUUAUCUGAUUUUUUUUUUUUUUUUUUUUUUUUUUUUUUUUUUUUUUAAAGUUGGAUUUACAGCUUGUUGGGUGUAUUUUUCUGUAACAUGUUAGCAGUAAGACUAGAAACAAUAAGCACUCAGAUUUUAGGAGUUUUCUUGUUGCAAAUUGGGGCAGCCUAAAAGGCUU